AUGACGUCUGACGAAAGCAAAUUUGGGAAUAUUUAUAGCCAUCCAUCAACCACUCGGGAGCUAGAAUUUCAAUCAAUGGCCUCUGCAAUACCUGGCGACGAAGAGACGCCGCUCGUCGCCGAUAAUUCGCCGCUCGAAGCGGUGAAGGGCAGGAGUCACACCAGGGAUAUUCACAUCCUCAGUUUGGCCUUUCUCUUGGUUUUUCUCGCCUUCGGUGCCGCCCAGAAUCUGCAGAGCACUCUCAACACUGAGGAUGACUUAGUUCUCGGCUCUAAGAACGCUUUGCUUCUUGGGACUACUGGCUAUGUCCUGUAUGUGGCUGCCAACUUGAAACCAAAUUGGUAUACAUUGGUCCCUGCUUCUGUGUAUCUUGGGUUUUGCGCUUCCAUAAUAUGGGUUGGAGAGGGAACAUAUCUCACUUCUGCUGCACGCAGCCAUUCUUCAGAUAACAAAUUACAUGAAGGUGCAGUAAUUGGUGACUUCAAUGGGGAAUUCUGGGCCGUGUAUGCACUCCAUCAGUUUAUUGGAAAUCUUAUUACAUUUGCUUUACUGAGUGAUGAUCAGCAGGAGGGAAGUACCAAAGGAACAACUUUAUUGUUUAUUGUAUUCCUUUUCAUUAUGACUUUUGGUGCAAUAUUAAUGUGCUUCUUGCGCCAACGGAGUGUUAAUACUAAGGGGGAACAAGAGCUUUCAGGUGCAGAUGCUGGUGCAUGUGCGUCCUUGAAGUCUCUAUCUAAGUCACUUGCCAGUGCUUUGUCUGAUAUAAAGAUGUUAUUGAUCAUACCCCUUAUUGCAUAUUCAGGUCUACAACAAGCAUUUGUGUGGGCUGAAUUUACCAAGUACGUUGUAACUCCCGCAAUUGGUAUUUCCGGUGUGGGUAGUUCAAUGGCAGCAUAUGGGGCUUUUGAUGGAAUAUGUUCUCUGCUUGCUGGUCGUCUCACCUCCGGUCUCACGUCUGUUACAACAAUAGUUUCCGUUGGAGUUUUUGCUCAGGCAGUCGUAUUAAUCUUACUUCUGCUAGAUUUUAGUAUAAGUAGCGGAUUCAUUGGUACUCUUUACAUACUCUUUUUGGCUGGUUUAUUGGGCGUUAGUGAUGGAGUUUUAAUGACGCAACUUAAUGCAUUGAUUGGAAUACUAUUUAAGCACGACACGGAAGGGGCUUUUGCUCAGCUAAAGAUAUGGCAAUGUGCUACAAUUGCUGCCGUGUUCUUUUUCGCCCCGCUCAUCUCGUUCAAAUCUGUGCUUAUAAUUAUGCUUGCUUUUCUUUGUGUCUCCUUCUGCAUUUUUCUAUGGCUUGCUCUGAAGGUGGGAAACACAUCAUCACCCUCUACCAGUCACUGA